CAGAUACGCAAUUGCGUUGGUCGUCCACUUUUCGUCAACACUAAUUUCCCGUCUCAAUUUUUGGCGUUUUUACGGUUGUAUGGCAUCCCAGAAACGCGUACACACCACAGCAGCUUCAAGACUGCGGCAAGAUUAUCUUCGUAUCCUGAAAGAUCCUGUGCCAUACAUCACAGCGCUGCCAUUGCCAUCAAAUAUCUUGGAAUGGCAUUAUGUGGUCCGAGGGCCAGAAAAUACACCGUACUCAGGUGGAUACUACCAUGGCAAGCUAGUUUUCCCAAAAGAUUUUCCUUUUAAACCACCAAGGAUAUUUAUGAUCACACCAAAUGGACGAUUUAAAGUGAAUACUAGAUUAUGUUUGUCAAUAAGCGACUUUCACCCUGACACAUGGAAUCCAGCUUGGUCAGUCUCAACCAUUUUGACAGGCUUAUUGAGUUUCAUGGUGGAAACAUCACCAACCCUGGGCAGCAUAGAUACCUCAGAAUUCCAGAAAAGGCAGUUCGCCCUAAGAAGUGGACCAUUUAACUUACAAGACAAAAUAUUUUGUGAACUUUUCCCUGAUAUGGUAGAGGAAAUACGAGAAAAAAUGAAAGAAAGAGGAGAAAUGAGAGAAGGGGAUGAAACUACAUCACAGAACAAUAGUAAUAGAGAGGGAGGAGUGGCUGGGGCUACACGGGAAGGACAAAACGGCCUCAUCAGUAGUACCCUGGUGAACAUUUGUGUUAUCAUUGGCUUUGCAGCCUUUGCAUAUACAGUCAAGUGUGUCAUAAAGGCAGUUGACAAUAGCUAGAGUGUACAAAACCUACUAAGGGAAUUGGACACAAUUUAGGGAAGGUUUGGCCAAUUUAUUGUAUUUUGGUGCCUUUUAAAUAAUAUUAGUCUCUAAAAAAGGAAAGUGCUUGAAGCGUUUUUCCUUUGUCAAGUAAGUUCUCAGACAAGCCGUCAAGAAAUGCUUUUCUGAAAAUUGCUCUGACAUUAGAUGCAGUUUAUCACUGUAAACAACAAUUUACAGUAUAGUAGUUUUAUAGAGGUAAGUGUUUGGGUUUCCUCUAUGAAAUCUGAACUUGUAAAAACUCAAGUACCGCAUCUUUAAAGAAGGAUGCUGAAAAAUAAUUGAAGGAAACUGACUGAUUUGGAUUUUUAUAGUUUUAAUUUUAGUAGUAGUGUCACUGUAUUUGAUAUCUUCAGCACCUUCAAUCACUUCUUGUACUUAAGGUUGAUCAAACUUUUUUGUAUUAUCAGUUAAGAGGAUUCUCUCAGUUUACUUUGAAAUUGAUUAAGGAAAUCGUUGAAGGAAAAAAUUUCUGGUGAAAAUUGCGGCCAUAGAUAUAUUUUUAGUCAAGUGUUUAUUUGUUCCCAAGAAUUAGUAAGCCCUAUAACUCCCCGAACUGAUUCAACACGUAACUUCUCCCUCUUUAAUAACCAUACAAUCUCCAGCUACAGUAAAAGUUAAACAGAAUACUCAAACUUAUCAGGUUGAAGUUGUUAUCUUGAUCCAACGCCAAAUUCUCGUGACUAAUUUAUAAAGAAAUGCAGGCAGCUAGAGGGGAGAAAUAACAAUCAGAUCUUGGGAGUUAAAGUGUUAAAAAGGUUUAAGGUAAUUGCUUAGUUUGGGCUCUGCGUGAAUUAUAUUUAAAAAGUGUGGCCAAUAGCAGUGUCGUUUACAAGCUUACCUUCGGAUUAUUUGGAAGAAACACAUUUUGUAGCCAAUCUUGGGAAAUUGUUGAGUGUUAUGAAUUAUUGCCAGUUGAAAAACGUGUUUUACUUGUACAGUAUUCAAAUUGUUUUGUGGCUACUGUACGUUUGAGGGGCAGCAGGGGGUUUUGCGAACGCCCCCGUUUCCCCCCCCCCUCCCCCGAACACCCCCCGUUAUCCGCGUCUUCGCCUUGAGAAAGAUAUCACUAGAGAUUUUACUGGAAAAGAAAUUUCGGAGGAUGAAGGAUAAUUUUUGAAAAUAAGAGAUAUUAGUCAAAGUUUAUUGUUAUUUGCGGAUUUUUAACGUUUUAAUUGUUUGGUCAAGUCAGCUAACGCGUUACCAGACUAAAGAAUAAUAGCUGCGACGAAGACGGUCUGCUUGUAGAUUGUAACGCACUUCUUCACCUAACGUCACUCCGUUAUGUGACAGGUUGCGUGACAUUCAGGCCAGGACUUUCGUUACGAGAAUUCAGUUUCUUGGCUUUCCACUUGGCUUUUGCCAAUUACAGAAUAUAUUUUCGUUCCUGUAAGUAAAUACGCUCGUGCCUGACUUGUGACCAGUUUGAUUUUUUUUCAAUGUACCCUUUUUCUUAUUUCGUUUACAACGGCGAAGCAAUUGAAAAGGAACGAACUGAUCCAACUUUCACCUUGUUAAUAAACUGAUUAGCUUCAUUGAUUUCUUUAUAUUAUAUACUUGAGGUCGUCAGUAAAUAGAAAAAAAACUGUAUUGACAAUGUAAGUAAUGAAGGUUAUAAUAAAUGGAAAAGACUA